GCCUCGCUGAAUUCAACUAUCACACAGCGUCGAGUUACGCAACACAACGUGAAUCUCCGUGCCUCCGCCGCCUGCUGCGUACAAAGCGUAAAAUCCAGGCUCAUCAUAUUUGCGCUCUCGUGUUUCGUCAGUGAUGCACAAUCCCGUGCCUUCCCCCCUUACGAGGCAUGUCUCCUCCACACCACACCACUCCUGCCUCCUCGCAUGAAUUUAGCGCGCCGUCGACUCUCCCCAGCUGAACAGGCUGCUUCACCGAAGGGUCGGUGUGUGUUUGUCCGGCCCACCGCAGCCGCCCCGGCAGCUGUGCCCUCUGCUCCCGAAGCCAGUCCCCGACAUGACCUCCCCUUUCCGCGAUUCUGCCGAUAUUCGCUAAAUGGGAUUCGUGGCUGGCCCGAGGUCUCUACAGCUACUGGCCAUCCGCUUCCAUUAUUUCUCUAAUGAGGACAGCCAUAAGGAUUUAACACGGUUCCUCGCUGCGCGUCUCUGAUUUUUGGGCUGAAUCUCCAGACGCGACAAAGGUCUGCACAUGGGGGCAGGCAAGAGCAAGCCCAAGGAGCCGGGCCAGCGCUCCAUGAGCCUGGACGGCACCAUCGGCACAGGCUCGGACAGCGGGCACUUCCACCACUUGGGCCCCGCCCAGCAGACCCAAACCCCCAAUAGGAGCCCUGCGGUCGGGACAGGCAGGCGGGGGCAUCAAGGGCAGCACCAGCUCGCCCCGACAAACACUCCUGAGCUGGCUCUCUUUGGAGGGGUGGACCACACAGGUACCAUCACCUCGCCUCAGAGAGGACCUUUGUCAGGAGGUGUCACUACAUUUGUGGCGCUGUAUGACUAUGAGUCACGGACAGCAUCUGAUCUGACCUUUAGGAAAGGCGACAGGCUGCAGAUUGUCAACAACACGAAAAAGUACAGCUUCAGAGAAGGGGACUGGUGGCUCGCUCGCUCCCUGACGACAGGAGAGAGUGGUUAUAUCCCCAGCAACUAUGUGGCUCCGUCGGAUUCCAUCCAAGCAGAAGAGUGGUAUUUUGGGAAGAUAACUCGGCGCGACUCUGAGAGGCUCCUUCUGAACUUACAGAACAGACGAGGAACCUUCUUGGUGAGGGAGAGCGAGACCACUAAAGGGGCAUAUUGCCUAUCAGUGCUGGAUUAUGAUAACACCAAAGGCCUGAAUGUUAAACAUUACAAGAUCAGGAAGCUGGAUAGUGGAGGCUUCUAUAUCACCUCCCGCACCCAGUUCACCAGCCUACAGCAGCUAGUCUUCCACUACCGCAAGCACUCAGAUGGGCUGUGCCAUGCUCUAUCAGACGUGUGUCCUGUGGCCAAACCUCAGACCCAGGGACUGGCCAGAGACGCCUGGGAGAUUCCCAGAGAAUCCCUCCGCCUAGACCUUAAACUGGGACAGGGCUGCUUUGGGGAGGUCUGGAUGGGCACAUGGAACGGUACAACACGCGUAGCCAUUAAGACCCUAAAGCCCGGCACCAUGUCUCCAGAGGCCUUUCUUCAGGAAGCACAGGUCAUGAAGAAGCUGAGGCACGAGAAGCUGGUCCAGCUGUAUGCUGUUGUGUCUGAGGAGCCGAUCUACAUUGUGACCGAAUAUAUGAGCCAAGGUAGUUUACUGGACUUCCUUAAAGGGGAUGCAGGAAAGAUGCUUCGUCUGCCUCAGCUAGUAGACAUGGCUGCUCAGAUUGCAGCAGGCAUGGCCUAUGUGGAGAGGAUGAACUACGUCCACAGAGACCUGCGUGCUGCCAACAUCCUGGUGGGAGACAACCUGGUGUGUAAAGUGGCUGACUUUGGCCUGGCAAGACUCAUUGAAGACAAUGAGUACACUGCGAGACAGGGAGCCAAGUUCCCAAUCAAGUGGACGGCACCAGAGGCAGCUCUUUACGGUCGUUUCACCAUCAAGUCAGACGUCUGGUCCUUCGGUGUGCUGCUCACUGAGCUGGCGACUAAAGGCAGAGUCCCAUAUCCAGGUAUGGUUAACCGUGAGGUGCUGGACCAGGUGGAGCGUGGCUACAGGAUGCCCUGCCCGGCAGAGUGUCCCAGCUCCUUGCAUGAGCUCAUGCUGUCCUGCUGGAGGAAGGACCCAGAGGAGAGGCCUACGUUUGAGUACCUGCAGGGCUUCCUAGAGGACUACUUCACCUCCACAGAACCCCAGUAUCAGCCUGGGGAGAACCUAUAGAACCACACACUGACGCGAACCCCGGGGGGAGAACCUCAACACAGAGCGAUCUGCACUAACCGACCUCAGAGGAGCACCUGCGGGAGGAUCUGAGCCUGUGAAAGUGACCAGGGAGGAACUUGAGAUUCUUCUGUGGAAGCAAAACCGAGAAAUAAGUCCCAUCAUGUGCCAUAAAGAAACGGCUCCAGAAGAACCUGAAGAACCUUUUUUUUCUGCAAGCACUCACUGUUUACUGGAGGUUUUCCUGCAGACCUGAGGUUCAAGGCUGUGAAGGAGAACUCCUGGUGGAUGAACUCUGGCUCUCGUUUGAUGAUUUUUGAGAGGUGCGACUGAUGUGGGAGGAACCGAAUCAGGAUAUACAGAUGCAGCAAGGGGGAGAAGAAUAAAGCUCCUCAAAGAGAGAAGGUCAAGGGAGGAUAUUUCGGGCAUGAGCUGUUUAGCGAAACCUCCCUCCUUCCCUCUUCUGUCUUGUCUCUUUACUUUCACUUGGUACCUUUUCCGCCCACAGAAGAGCACUGCCACUGUGGCUCAGGUGCCAAAGGAAAGUCUGUCUCUCUUAACGUCCUUUAUCUCCCUUCUGCCUCUAGCCUCUCUUUUCUCUAUUUCUGUCUGACUGUCAGUAUCUCCCUCCAGUUUUUCUCAAGUGCUGCUUCUUCAAAGUGUCUCCAAAUAACUCAGCUCUGGAACUCUACUUUGCAUCUUUAUUUAUGUUUACUUGGACAAUAUAAGUCCUGUGAUUUAAGGUUUUGUUCAGUGGCAGACAAAAAAAAUUCUCUUGUUUUGUUAUUUUUUUUUUUUUUUCUGUGAUUAUCAAUAGGCAAGGUUGUUAGAACCACUAUCAUGGUAGUGCCGGGGUAAAUGUACUCAAUAGGCAGGUUCUGUAACACUGAAAAUUAGGUUAAUUGAAUUAAAACUUGAGGCCUUUCUCUCUCAUUUAACCUCCUUAUCUUUCCUAGCUCUAUUUCUUUACAUACGCUGAACGGCCAUGAUGGCCAGCUGGAUCCAACCUCCGCAAUUAAAAAUGAUUUUGAUGCAGGCA